AUGGCCCGGAAAACAAUGAUAGGAGAGGAGAGGAAGGAAGAGAGGAGUUGUUGGCAGCAAGGAAGAGUGAUGACUCGGUCCGGUAUCUGGUUCAUCCUAAGGAGAAUAAUGGCUUUGACUCGGCUCCCCGGUGUAGCCAAAUCCUCUCGGAGAGGGGCCUCGCCCAACGGGGCAGUGGAGUCGAAGAACACAAAAGAUGCCGAAGGUUCUGAGACCUGCGCAGGCUGCUCGGCGCCAUCCGGAACCAGAGCGCUGCGGGUCAGAGGUUUGUCCGAAAUGCCUGGACCCAGCACGCUUCGUAACCUGGUCGAGUUGUUCUGGGGAGACGGCUUUAGUAGAAUACACGACAUUCAACUCCAGCACACACAGCAGUAUGGCAAGAUCUUUAAGUCACACUUUGGACCUCAGUUUGUAGUCUCCAUCGCUGAUCAGGACAUGGUGGCCCAGGUGCUGAGGGCUGAGGGAAGAGCCCCUCAGAGGGCCAACAUGGAGUCGUGGCAGGAGUACAGACAACUUCGGAAAAGGGCCGUGGGACUGAUAUCUGCGGAGGGAGAAGAGUGGCUGAAAAUGAGGAACGCCCUGAAGCAGCGGAUCAUGAAGCCCAAGGAUGUGGCCACGUUCUCCCAGGGAGUGACGGACACUGUCGCUGACCUGAUCACAAGGGUGAAGCACGUGAGGGACAGUAGCUCACAGACUGUGACCAACGUGAAUAACUUGUUCUUCAGGUUCGCAUUGGAAGGUGUUGCCACCAUCCUUUUCGAAGCUCGCCUCGGCUGUCUAGAGAACGAGAUCUGCCAGGAGACCAAGCAGUACAUGGAAUCUCUAGAGCUCAUGUUCAGCAUGUUUAAGACCACCAUGUAUGCAGGGGCCAUUCCCAAGUGGCUCCGCCCUCUCUUCCCAAAGCCUUGGAAUGAGUUCUGUCGGUCCUGGGAUGGACUUUUCCGAUUCAGUGAGAUCCACGUUAAUAGAAAGCUGGCUGAGAUUGCACGAGAGCUGAAACAGGGAGAGGAGGUCCAGGGUGGACUGCUGACCCAGCUACUGGUCAGUCAGGAGAUGACGCUGGAGGAGAUCUACGCCAACAUGACUGAGCUGCUGCUGGCGGGCGUAGAUACAACUUCCUUUACUUUGUCGUGGUGCACAUAUUUACUGGCCAGCUAUCCGGCCAUCCAGAGAUCGGUGUCUGAAGAAAUCCUCCGGAACCUGGGACAGGAUAUGACUCCAACAGUCCAGGACCUGUCCAAAUUGCCUCUGGUCCGCUGUGUCCUUAAGGAAACACUGAGGAUGUUUCCUGUUCUCCCUGGAAAUGGUCGAAUCACCCAAGAGGACAUGGUUGUUGGAGGAUAUUUCAUCCCAAGCGGAACCCAGCUUGCUCUCUGCCACUAUUCCACAUCACACGAUGGUGAGGUUUUCAACAGUCCGGGAGAGUUCCUGCCCCAGCGUUGGCUGCGGAAGGCCAACACGGACCGGGUGGAUAACUUUGCAGCCAUCCCAUUCGGUUAUGGAGUGAGGAGCUGCGUGGGGCGCAGGAUCGCAGAGCUGCAAAUCCAGCUUGCACUUACACAGCUCCUGCAAACAUUUGAGAUCCAAGUGGCUCCCAACACAGGCACUGUCCUAGCCAAGACCCGUGGCUUACUGUCUCCUAGCAAACCCAUACACCUCAAAUUUGUGGACCGGAAGUAGUGGACAGCAAAGGUUAAAGGUCACUGAUCUGUGUGACAUAAACCGGACCCCCUCAGAAACCAUUGAUAAGUGCUGUGGAUGGAUUUGCUUCAUAAUGCUCAUGGUUUGCAAGGCAACUUAUCCAUAUGAGGCAUGGUGUAAGACUUUAUUUAGUUCAGCUUUGUUUAACUUAACCCGUUCCAUAGAUCAGCGAUUGGCCAGUGUUAUGAGUCACCUUCUGGUGAACUGGCUGAGCUGAGAAUAAUUUUAACCCGUCGAAGAAGAGUCACAGAGUAAAACGUCAUCUUUGGUCACUGUCCCUGUAAGCUCUAAUCAAAGAUUCUAAGAUUUCAAAGUAAGUUAAUUAUCAAAGUAGGUAUAUCUCAUUCUAUAUGACCCAGAGGUUCAUUUUCUUGUGGGCAUUCACAGUAGAACAAAGAAAUACGGCAGAAUCAAUGUAAAAAUACACACAAAGAUGGAAAAGCAACCAUUGUGCAAAAGACCACAAAUUGUACAAAUACAAAAAGAGAAAAGAAUUACAGUGAGUAAUAUUGAGAGCGUGUAAUGACCUCCUGCCCUUUCAUAAGAUCUUUAGUGCACAGAAAGAGGUCAUGAACUCACUCCAUGCCCAAGUUGUGGAACAAGCUAUUCAGUCCUGUUGUUGCUCUUUCCCUCUCAUCCUCAAUGCUGGUGACCUGGAUCAAUUCCGGCCACUGCCUAUAAGUUGUUUAUAUGCUCUCCCCGUGACGGCGUGGGUUUUGUCUGGGUGCUCCCAUUUCCUCCCACAUCCAAAAGGUUUUUGUUAAUUGGUCACACAGGUGUAACUGGGUGGUGUGAGCUCAUUGGGUUGGAAGGACCAUGCUGUAUCCCUAAAA